GUGUGUGUGUGAGAGAGGAGGGUAGAGGGCGGGAAGUAAAUCGCAGCAAGGCGCCGUCUAGGCACGUGCGUGCGGGCGCGCGCGGCAAUGUCGUCUGCAAGUCGUCACAGUCGCUGCAGCAGACGACGUCGGCGCUUGGUUGUGCCUGGUCCUCCCGUUCACGGGGUGCGCAUACACAUUGCCUUGAAGACUGAACAGACUAGAGGCCAGCCACAGAACGGAGGGUCGAGAUGGACGUUGGAAUCUUACGAGCGCUGAAGACCCUGAAAAACCACCCGUAUGUCCAGUACGUGGGGCUGGGCUUCGCCGGACUCGUAAAGGCUGGGGCUGAGAAGACUCAGGGUGGCGCCACAAGCCAGCGGAAAACCAAGCUGCAGCUGAUCCGCCUGAGUGCGGCGGUGUGCGGCAUCGAGCUGUGCUACGCGGCGGAGACGGCGUUCGUCAGCCCCAUCCUGCUGAAGCUGGGGGUACCCGUGUCCCUCAUGACCAUGAUCUGGUGUCUCAGCCCCGUCCUCGGCUUCUUCCUGGUGCCGGUCAUGGGGUCCCUCAGUGACCGCUGCCCGCUAGCCAUUGGCCGCAGACGACCUUUCAUUCUGGCCAUGACCGUCGGCAUAGUGAUCGGCUUGGCUCUCGUGCCGAACGGAGAGGCUCUGGGUCUACUUAUGGGUGACAACGGAACAGCCACUCUUCAUCACCCGAAAUAUUUUGCCACGGCAAAUACGUCCGUGAGAAUUCGCGGUUCGCCACAACAGAUGGCCGAUAACAACCAGAUGCCAAAAGGGUCACAGGUCAAGUAUGACAUCACGUGGUCUAGGCUUCUCGACAACUCCUCGUUAAGAGAGUGGUCUUACCAAAGUUCGCAAGAGGUGGCUGGCGAGACUCGGUACUCCAUGUCCGGUAAGGACGAGUCCAGAGUCUUUCCAUACUCCGGUAUUGUGACGACUGCUGGUGUGGCAGAAAGUAUUCCUGGCAGUAUCUAUCCCUCAGAACAUCGCACCCCCGACGGAGUCUCUCCAUCAGAAGACGAUGGCAGUAAAAAAUCGCAGCCUAAAAGCUUCUCUCCGUUUCAGCUGUCUGAGGAGCACUUCCGAGGCAUCGUCCUGACUAUCCUAGGGGUAGCAUUGCUGGACUUUAACUGUGACGCCUGUCAGUCCCCCUGCAGGGCCUAUCUUCUCGAUGUCAGCGUGCCUGAAGAUCACUCCGCAGGCCUGACCAUGUUCACAGUCAUGGCUGGGUUGGGCGGAACCGUGGGGUAUGUUAUGGGUGGAAUCGACUGGAACGCCACUAAGUUUGGCGAAGCCUUCGGAGGCCACAUACGUGUCGUGUUCACGUUAGUCGUUGCUGUUUUCCUCUUCUGCGUGGUCUCUACAGUAACCAGUUUCAAAGAAACUCCGUUAAAGGAGUUAGGAUUGUCGGAAGAAGAGCUGCAGAGGAAGAAAAAGAAGGUGGGAAGCUCCAAAUACCAGAAGUUCACCAACGACCUCGAUGAAGAGGCCGAGACAGAGGCAGAGGAGUGGUCUGUCGAGAAGACAUGGACCUUGGACUACGGGGCUCUAAGGAGCGGGGAUGGCGCGUCAAAGGACUGUCAGAAUGUCGGAUUCUUUGACAGGUCGAGGUUUGACAAAUUUGCAGACGAAGACAACCCGACCUUGUAUCACAUCAAAGACAACGCCAUUCUCAGGGACGCGCUUCGCAACGGCCGACUGGGUUCGUCAGACCCAGAAGUUGAUCCAAGCGGCGGCCACGACAACCCCGCUCUCGGAGGUCACGCUACCGAAACGAAAGACAGAUUCGGAGAGAUCCCUCAAGGGAAGUCCGGAGCAGGUGACCUCACCUUGGACCUUAACGAUCAUCCAACAAUUGAAGUGUCUGCUGACGUCACACUCAAAACCUACCUGCGCUCCAUCGUCCACAUGCCGCGCUGCUUGUGGGUCCUCUGCCUCGUGAACCUCUUCUGCUGGAUGUCACUGGUCUGUUACUCGCUUUACUUCACCGACUUUGUCGGCCAGGCGGUGUUCUUCGGGGACCCCAAGUCACCACCCGGAAGUGACGCACACACCCGUUACGACGAGGGAGUGCGUCUGGGUUCGUUCGGGAUGUCCCUCUACUCCCUGUCUUGCUCUGUCUACUCAUUGCUCAUAGAAAAGCUUGUCAGACGAUUCAGGGCCAAGCGCGUGUACGUGAUUGGUCAACUGGUCUUCACGGCGGGCAUGGCCAUCAUGGCGGCUGUUCGCCACAAGGUGGCGGUGGUGCUCCUGUCGCCCACAGCUGGCAUCAUGUACGCCACUCUCUUCACCAUGCCCUACCUGCUGGUGGCGCACUAUCACACCUCGGGCUUGUUUUCCAACGGACUGAAAGGUGAGCAGAAGCAGGUGCGGGCCUGGGCACGGAUGUUGCCAUCGUCAGCAGCAUGGUCUUCCUCGCACAGUUUCUCCUCUCUGUCGCCAUGGGAACCAUCGUCUACGCCGUCAGCUCCACCACCGCCGUCAUGAUCGCCAGCGCCGUACUCAGCUCUCUCGGAGCUCUGACCGCCACUAGGGUCACUUACCUGGACCUAUGAACUCUGACCCUAGACUCCUACUUUUUUACACAGCUGCAGGCAUCUUGUACGUGGAUCAUAUUUUAAGACAAGUUUCAAUGUAAAGCAGGUAGAUUGGAAUUGUAUUUUAUACAAUGUAUUUGAAAACCCGGUCGUGUAGCAUCGCCAUGCUUUUACGAUCAUCCAUGUUGGAUUCAUUUUCAAUUAUUGUACUCAUUUAAAGACGUUUGUAUUUUCAUUUUUGCUGUCACAAGACAGAGCCUGUGUAGUUAACCUUGCUAGAUUAAGGGAAGGAUGCUUUCUAUUUUCUAUUUUUUUCCCACUGUCUGUUGUCUCCUCUAGGAUAGGACUUCUGGCUUGCCAUGACGAAGUGGGUGUCACAAUACAUGUUAUCUUAAUAAACAGAACCAAAUAACAGGAAAAGGAAACUAAAUUAAAAAGAAAAGCUGUCAACUUUGAAUCUGUUACUCUUUCUUUUCACUCUCUCUCUAUAUAUAUAUAUACACACACAGACGCAGACGCACACGCACACUCACACACACACAUGUAGGUACAUCAUUCCCCCCAACCCACUUUCUUACAACUGCACAUCAAGUGUGUGACAAUCGAAGUAUCAACCGUCCACAGGUGCCUUGGAAACCGAAGACGGGGCGCCGUUUGUAGCGAGAACAAGUGUGAAAUGUCCAUACAGUGCAUCCUGGCUAAUGUGUGGAUGUUUGUCGCUGAGUUCGUGCACCCAUGCAACAGCAGCAGCUUCUACAGUAGAAUCCGUUUAGUAAACAUCACAUUUGCUUAUUUAUUGUUAAACAUGAUGUUGUGUUUUGGGACUUUUGUGAGCGCUUGUGCAGAUAUAUUUGUGAAUAUAUGUACCUAUGUAUGCGUGGUUUUGUGUGUGUGUGUGUGUAUGUGUGUGUGUUAGUGUGCAUUUAGCCUUUCUAAAUUUUGUUUGAGCAAUAACUAUUUUAGCUCUUUCUCCCUGUGUGAAUAUUUUUAAAACUCUGAUCGACUGAGUGAAUCAGUAUUAAGACACAAACACACCUCCAUAUACACAUUAUAUAUAAAUAUAUAUAAAUAUAUAAUGAUAUAUAUAAUUACAGUACUGUUAAACUAAAUAUGAACAUAGCUGAGCGACACUCUAUGAUAAAGUACUUAAGGGACAGAUAACUGAAAUAAAUAUCAAUCAACUCAUUUGAAAAACUAAUUUAACCCUGACAUUUAUUAUUAUUAUUAUUUCAAUAUCUUGUUAGUAACAUGUAAGAAACAUUUCAUACGAUGUCUUUCAUUUUAAUUCCGAUCGAAUGUUAAGACAUAAGAGUUCAGGUAAAUAUGCUGUAAGCUGGACUGUCGAAUCCACUUCGGCAAAAAAAAAAAAAAA